AGUUGGUUGCGCUUCACUAUUUCACGGUUUUUACCUAAAAGCAACGUGCGAGUGUAAAUGAGUAUCAAUGAAAUAUAAGCACACUAUUUUGACCGUUUCAUGAAAUGAUUGCAUGAUCUGGCCAUCGCAUAAACACAGUAAUAGUUCUCUCUCAUAACCUCCCAUAAACUUUUGUAUAACCGCAUCGAAUAUCAAUCUUCACGGUUUGACCUCCCAUAUCCGAUCGCAUCCGCUGAGCUUUUCGGUGUACAGUACUUGGACAAUGGCAACGGUUGUGGAAUUGCUGCUGCACCUUCUUCUCCUCGUUAUCUCGAUCGGAUGCGGUUAUUCCCUUAACCAGGGAACGCAAGUGCAGCAGGAGAAUUUCGGCUUUGUGAUACAGAUCUACGAUCCAAUGUUCGUGGCCGCAGGAACAUUGUUCAGUGCCCGUUACGUUUUGACGGUGGCGCACUGUUUCCGAAAGAACACCAAGCCGGAGCAGCUGACUGUGCGAGCGGGUCACGAUAGGAUUUCUAGGGUGUACAAGGCUGGUCGUUCAGUGGCAGGAUUAAUGCGCCAUCCUAAAUUCUCGCCUCUAACGCUGCGAAAUGACAUCGCCGUGUUGAGGGUCAAAGUGGCCAUCGGGUAUUCGCGCAGGAUCAGCUAUAUACCCUUGUGUUCGACGCCCUUAAGGCGAGAUCGAGCCACCCAGUCACCGGUGAUCGUGGGCUGGAGUUUGAUGAACACCAGCCAGCCACUGAAAUCGAUUAGUGUAAAGGUGGAUGUGCCGAAGAACUGCCGCCAAUGGUUUCCCCAAGUCCCAGGCGGUGUGUCCUGUGCUUUGACGGCGAACAAUGAAGGCCUUUGCUAUGGCGAUUCCGGUGAUCCCCUGAUCAGUGGCGGUGAAGUUUGCGGCCUGGCCAUUGCCUUUCGGCGAUGUGGGGAUAAGCGCUAUCCCGCCCUCUUCACGGAGGUCCACUACCAUCGCCCGUUUAUCGCCCAAGCCGUACUCACAUUGGACAGGCAAAUGUUGAAAAAACCGAAGGCAAGGGGUUGAGCCCGCCAGCAGAGCUGAGUGUAUAGUUAACUCCAAAUUGAUCACGUAAAACAUACCCGAUUGCAGCUGAAUGAAAGUCUAUUUAUGGUUUUGGAGGAGGACUCACCUGCAAGCAAACAGACAAAGGAAAAUUCAAUUACAAUCGACAUACAAAAAAUAAAUAAAAACCAGACGCAAAA